ACUCCUUCCGCCCCUCCAUGGCCUGGUCUGCACCUGCUUGAUUGUAGCUAGGGUUUUUGGUCUCUUCAUAUUUUCUCCUGUCCUUCACUAAGAUUCUUUAUUCUUCAAUCUCCCUUAAAGCUCGGAAUAAAGGGGAGUUUAAGCACGCUUUGGAUGGAACCUUCUUUUAUACUGCAGCGAUUCCGUAAUGAUCGCCGCAAGCUUCUCGAAUUCAUCUUUUCGGAGGGGUUAAUCAAAGGUCCUUCGGGCGAUUUGCCCGAUCUAUCGGGCGUGGACUUGGACAUCGUUAGUGCGGACUAUGUGCUCGAUUGCGUCAAAUCCGGCGGAGCUUUUGUUCCAGGGGAUGCGACAGCGAGAUAUAACAGCGGACUGGGCUCGCCAAUUAUGAUAAGCACACCAUCCAGAAACUCAUUCUUUCUUCUUUCCAGACCAGAUUUAUCAGGAUAUCCUCCUCAGCGAGUUGCUCCUAUGGUGGGGGCAAAGACAACUAAUGAUCAUUUAUCAUCUUCAACAAGUUCAGUUGGUGUAGAAUUUAUGGUGUCUAUGCCUGAUUCAAAAAUAAGCAAUUCAGCUCCGACCACCAUAUCACCUCAACCAUCAAAGGAUGUGAAAUUUUCCUUAGGCUUACCCUCUUUCCGUGCAGGACUCUCUGAUGAUGAUAUGCGGGAAACGGCCUAUGAGGUGCUUCUUGCUUCUGUUGCACACUCUGGAGGACAAAAGCCCUUUUUAGAGGAAAAAAAGAAGGAACGAAAGUCAAAGUUUUUGAAGGGACUGAGAUCUCGGAGGGAUGGUUCACAUUUUCAAUCGGAUGAAGCCAGUUCUGACUUGAUGGACACAAUUCGUGGACAAUUGGAGAUUUCUGAAGCAAUGGAUUCGUGGACUAGGAAAGGUUUAAUGAACUUUUGUUUGCGGUCUAUGCCGAAUCGAGCUGAUGUUCCACAAAUAUCUGUGGAGCUCUUAGGUAGCCUUUCCAUUUCAGAUUUUCCCACUGAGAGGGUUUAUACGCAAUGGCAAAGGAGACAGGUAGAUAUACUUGAGGAGCUACUUACAGAUCCAACCAACUCUGUUGCCAGUGAACAGCAAAUGCUUUCUUAUCUUCUUUCAAAUAUAAGGAACCUAGAGGAAUGGGCAAAUUUAUCUCAUGAGGUGCGCACCGAUACUCUGGAUUGGAUAGGAAAAUUCAUUUCUAGGAUGUGCAGUAUGCCUGAAAAACUUGGUGUUUCAGAUGUUGCCUAUUAUUGGACUGGCAGUUAUUACUUUACUGUAAAACUUUAUGAGAAGUUACUCUACAGUGUUUUUGAUAUCCUCGAAGAUGGUCAGAUAGUAGAGGAAGCUGAAGAAAUCCUUGGUGUUCUGAGGAUGAGUUGGUCCAUGUUAGGUGUUACUCAAAUGAUGCAUGAUGCAUUAUAUGGUUGGGUACUUUUUCAGCAGUUUGUCCGAACAGGUGACUUUUUGCUGCUAAAAUACACAAUUGUGGAGGUUCAACGGAUGUUAUCUAAUAAACAUGGUGCUUCUGAAGUGUCAUGUGUGAACAUUGUUUGUUCAGUAGAAGUCUAUGGUUAUAGAAGAGAUUUAAAUUUGGUAGAUGCUGUUCUUUUUAAUAUCUACCUUUGGUGUAGUACUCAACUAGAAGAUUAUCACCUUAAUUUCUCCUUGGGGGAUUCUCAGAUUUUUGAGGGCAUCCUGACUCUGGCGAUAAUUUCGGCCAAAAGGUUUUCUAAUGAUAUUGCAGAACCAUCAGAUACUUAUCCAGAGGCUGAGACUGAAAAUGGCGUUACUUUUAAGCUAAUUCGUGUAUUUAUUGCCAGAUCCAUUCAAGCGACAUGCCGGCGGAUCCAAGAUGCCUUGGAUGUCAAUUCUAAGAGGGAACAGAAGCAUCCCUUGGCUCUAUUUGCGAAGGAAUUGAAGCUGUUUGCUGAGAAAGAGUACACAUUGUUUACCCCAAUAUUAUGUCGGCAUUAUUCUAAGGCGGGGAUUGUCUUUUCUGUUAUUCUUCACCAGUAUUAUUGGGAACAAUUGAUGCCUUUCUUGGACGGCAUAUCAAGUUUCUCAGAAAGUGCAAUUUCAGUGCUUUCAGCAUCUUAUAGCUUAGAGCGCUUUCUGGUUCAUAUAAUCAAUUCUAUGAGUGGCGAGAGCAAACCAAUACCUAUCACCAAUUUUUUUGAUCCUUACCAGAUAAGACCUGUUUGUGCUCCACUUAUUCUUCAUUUGGUGAAUGUUAGACACGAGAAGAUCUUGGGAUGGACUGAACGUGCUGUCCAUAUAGAGAACUGGGAGCCUUUGUCAUCUCAACAGAAGCAAGCAAGUUCAGUUAUUGAAGUGUUUCGAAUCAUCCAGGAGGCUAUUGAUCAAUUCUUUGAUUUGAUCCUUCCCAUGGAAACCAUCCACUUGCGAUCUUUACUGAUUGGGGUUGUUAGAAGCCUUGAAGCUUAUCUACAACACAUAAUCAGCCACCAAGUUGAUAAAAGCUUUUUAUAUCCCAGUCCUCCCACAUUAACACGAUAUAAGGAGGCAGUCAAUCCCUUUAUGAAGAAAAAGCCUGUCGAAUGUGCUACUCUGGAUGAGAAAGUAGUCAGUCAGAUAGACAAUUUGACCGUACCAAAACUUUGUGUUAAGCUUAACACACUUAAAUACAUUCGGGACCAACUUGAAGAAUUGGAAGCUUCCAUAAAGCAGUCUUGGGUGGCUAUUCAAACUGCGAAUCAUCAAAUUUAUGGAUACAAGGAGGAAUUCACGUACUCUAAAGAAUCAGUUGAUGAACUGUUUACUGUAUUUGAUGACAUCAGAACUAGUGCCAUUGGUGCAAGUGAUGUGAUCCUUGACUUUAUAGGAACAAGGGCCAUAUUCUGGGAUAUGAGAGAGACAUUCAUUUAUUUAUUGUACCGAGGUGGUGUCAAAAGAUUUCGGCUGGAUGCUUUUCUUCCUGAACUAGAUGGAAUACUUGAUCGCAUAUGUGAUUUGAUCAUCGAUGAGCUUCGAGAUCAUGUUGUCUUAAGCAUUUGCAGAGCAUCAAUGGCAGCUUAUAUUUGGGUAAUGCUGGAUGGAGGCCCUUUUCGUGCAUUCUCUUACACAGAUGUAGAAGUUUUACAUGAAGAUCUAAAUAUGCUAAAGGAUCUCUUUGAAGCAAAUGGUCAAGGCAUCCACUGUGAUGUAAUUAAAAAAGAAGCACAACAAGCUGAAGAGAUCUUAGAAUUGUACGGCAUGAAGGCUGAAACAAUAAUUGAUAAGCUGAUUAAUUCAAGCAAGCAAACUUAUGAUCAAUAUGAUCACAAGAAACCGGGAAACAGAAGCGCAAAAGAUGCUGAUACUUUCCUGAGGGUGCUUUGUCAUAUGAAGGAUGAAAAUGCCUCUGAAUUUUUAAGAGUUAGAUAUCAACUUCCAAAGUCUUCAGACUAUGAAGAAACUUAUGGACAGAAGGAGCAAACAUUUAAAUCACCUUUUCUAUCAGACAUCCUCAAAGGAAACACUUCAAAUGGGUGGACAGAAACAGGGCAGAGAAGCUUUAGGAUUAUGAAGAAAAAAAUUCAGGAGGCUACCUCUGAAAUCAGGCAAACUCAAUGAUACUUCUACCAGCGAAGAUGUUAUUUCCUUCAACCCAGCCCUGCUUAAUCAUGAUAUUUAAUGAAGCAAAUUAAAU